AUGAAUGAGUUAUUAGAUUAUGGAGAUAGAGCAAUCACUAGACCACCACGUGCCCGUUACGAUCUCGAAAACAUACCAAACGAAUUAGAAAUUGCAAAUUACGGAAAAAUUCGAAGGCAUCCUGUCAAAUUUCCAAAUUCUCGUGGAUUUACAAUUAUUGGUUCGUACUACGGUCCAAACGAAACACAAGAGGAACCAUCUUGUUUGAUCUAUUUGCAUGGAAAUGCUAGUUGUCAGCUAGAAGGUACGUAUUUAAUUCCAUUCUUAGUUCCUCAUGGUAUUUCUGUAUUUUGCUUUGAUUUUUCAGCAUGUGGAAAGAGCACUGGAAAGAGAAUUACGCUUGGUUACCUCGAAAAAGACGAUGUUGCCUGUGCAAUUACUUAUAUGCAAGUUCAUUUCGGCAUCAAGAAAUUUGUACUCUGGGGACGAUCAAUGGGUGCAGCAUGCGUGUUUUAUUCGAUUCCUUACAAUCCAGAAAUUGUUGGCGCAGUUGCUGAUUCUCCUUUUGCUUCUUUGCCAAUUCUAGUCAAAGAUUUAUCAGCAGAGAUGGGAGUUCCUCGAUGUUUCUCAGGAAUUACGAUGCGACUUUUAGCAAAUAAAAUUAUUCAAUCAAGCGGUUUUGAUAUUAGAGAAUGCUUACCUGUAGAAGAAGCCAAAGUAUCUACUACACCUGUUUUCAUCAUUCAUGGCAAAGAAGAUGACUUUAUUCUCGUAAAACACGCACAUCAAUUGUUCGAAGCUUACAAAGGACAACAAAAGCGAUUAGUAGUAGUUCCUGGCCAAAAUCAUAACAGUGAUCGUCCAAAUCAAGUUACUUCCGAAGCAAUUCAGUUUAUAGGAAAUUGUCUUGGAAAAGCAAUCCCUCCUGAUACUAUUACGGCCCAAAUUGGUGCUGGUGCAUUGCACUUCGCUGGUUUGGACGAAAUGAUUACAAAUAUGGAUGAUGAAGAUUAA